AUGUCUGAACUUGAUGUCUCCCUUGUUUACUUUCUUGCUGUUGUGGCGUUUGGUGCAGUCUUUAGAGUCCUUUUCAGAAAAUGGCCUUGUUUGAGCUUUGCAUUUGAGUUCACAACCUCAUUUGUGCUGGUGGCAUGCUGGCUGGAGGUGCUGACCAUUAUAGAGAUUGGUGAGUGGGCAGAGGGACUGGGAUCAGAUGUUACUCUGACCCUACGGUUUGUGGUGCUGCUGACCCAUGGUGUGAUCUGUGCUGGAGCCACUGGAAACCCCUCCCUGACUCUGAUGAAUUUCCUGCUGCUGGAGACCCCUACUCUGCACACUCUGCUGGCUUUGGCUGCUCAGUUCCUGGGGGCACACCUGGCCCUGAUUGUAGCUGGCUACUACUGGGCAAUGGAGCUCAAUGACAUGCACAUAAUUAAGAACCUGCUAUUCAGGGAGUGCAGCACAGCCCUGCGUGUCUCCCUGGUGCAGGGGGUCUAUUGUGAGUGUGUGUGUGCAUUCAUCUUUUAUCUGAUAUACCUCAGCCUGAGAUGUCGCGCUGCGUUGGUUCGGGUGCCUUUCUUUGCAGCUGUGCUCACCCUUCUCUCCCAUGCAGCCAGUGGUUAUACCUCAGCUUUCCUGAACCCCUCCCUGGCCUAUGGCCUUACCUUCUACUGUCCUGGGUUUACCUUUACGGAGUACUCAGUGGUCUACUGCCUUGGGCCCAUUAUUGGAAUGACCCUGGCCCUUCUCCUGUACAUGGGUCACAUCCCCAGGAUUUUUGCAAAGAAUCUGCUGUAUUCCCAGAAGACCCACGUACAGGUGCCAAAGGGGGACGGAGAUGAAAAGAAAAAGUGAAAGAAAGACAUCAUCCACCUCAGCUGAGGCAAUAUAGGACAUAUGAGUGCAUUAGGAACACACUACUCAAUUUUGUUCCUAUUGGGAGAAGAUAUUACAUUAGGGACGGCAGGGUAGCCUAGUGGUUAGCGCAUUGGACUAGUAACCGAAAGGUUGCAAGUUCAAACCCCCGAGCUGACAAGGUACAAAUCUGUCGUUUUGCCCCUGAACAGGCAGUUAACCCACUGUUCCUAGGCCGUCAUUGAAAAUAAGAAUUUGUUUUUAACUGACUUGCCUAGUAAAAUAAAAUGCACUGAGCAUUAUAUUCAACAGCCUAUUCUCUCCUUAAGUUACUGACAAAAAAGGUGUGGGCUGUAGAACAUCUGUACAUUUAUGAUAGUACAAGUUACAACUCAUAUCGCCUGUGUUCUUACAGAAGUAAUAAAUAAAUUAAAAAUACAUUUUUAUGAAAAGGACAUUUAACAUUGGUUGUCGUUCCUGAACUUCCUGUACACUGUGAGCACGUUGAGGUAGAUUAAACAUCAAAUGUAUUUUUAACCAACCUCAACCUCUCCCAUUACAAUGACAA